UUCAAACAUCGCCAUUGCCCAAACUCGAACUUAUCGUCCAGCGAAUCCACACAUUCCUGAUACAAUGGCCUCGAUAACAAUGACGCACGUGGUCUUGCGCGGUCUUUCAAGAGCGACUCCCUCCAUCCGUUCCUCAGCACCGCGCAUCGCCACAAGAUGUCUGCACCAGAAGUCGUCGCCAAUUACGUCCACUCCAGCACAGCACCGACCAAGAGCACAGCGAUGGAAUCAGGGUGCUAUAUCGCCGUCUGCAACUAUUACAAGGCGAACAAUGUUUAUACAGACCGAGCCCACACCAAACGCUGACGCCCUCAAAUUCAACCCUAAUAUGCGCGUCCUACCCGAAACUAUAUCUUCAGGCUUCCUCGAAUAUGUCUCCCCCCGCUCAACUCUCGCACCGCCCCACCCCUCCCCGCUUGCCGCGCAGCUCAUGAACAUUGACGGCGUGACAAGCGUCUUCUUCGGCGUCGAUUAUAUCACCGUCACAAAAGACUCCUCCACACCAUGGGCGCACAUCAAGCCCGAGGUCUUCGCAGUCAUUAACGAAAUAUUGACCUCCGGCGCACCCGUCGUCAACACGGUUGAAGCCAAGGCUGGCGAGGAAGGGCAAGGAGGGUCUGAGGUUGACAGUUUAGCGUACGACGAGAACGACGACGAGGUCGUUGGCAUGAUCAAAGAGCUGCUCGAGACACGCAUCCGGCCCGCGAUCCAGGAAGACGGAGGCGACAUCGACUUCCGGGGUUUCGUGGAUGGGCAGGUGCUAUUGAAGCUGCGCGGUGCAUGCAGGACGUGCGACAGCAGCACCGUAACGCUGAAGAACGGCAUCGAGAGCAUGUUGAUGCACUACAUCGAGGAGGUCAAGGGUGUGCAACAGGUGCUUGAUCAGGAGGAGGAGAUCGCGAUGAAGGAGUUUGAGAAGUUUGAGGAGAAACUGAGGCAGCAGAAGGGCAGCUUGCCUGCUGCAAUGACCGGCAAGGGAAGCUUGGACGCCGUCGAGUAAAAGAUGUAGAGUGCAAGAGAAGUCGGAGUAAAGAUACCAUAAUGUUUGUCAGCAUUGGAAAGUGAGCCUUUGCAGAUGUAUUCAACCAGAUAUACCCCACGUCCGGCUGGUCCAUCAUCGUACAUCACAAGUCACUAUAUUUGAACCGUACGACGAACAUCGAGCAACUCGUUCUCGUUCGAAAGGACCCGCAAAAGGAAAGUUGGGGGACUAACGUAUUCCAAAGGCGAGCGCCGCACACGGGAGAGCGCCGCACCCCACCAAACUUACGCACCUUAUUUAACGUCUAACUCAACAACGUUAUAAUAAUGUAUGUAUUAUUAAUAGAGUAGAUAAAGC